AUGAGAGAAAUAGUCCACAUUCAAGUUGGGAGGUGUGGUAACCAGAUUGGAGCGAAAUUCUGGGAGGUGAUCUCAGAUGAACACGGGAUCGACCCAAAUGGCUGCUACAGGGGUGACUGCGACCUUCAGUUAGAACGCAUCAACGUUUACUACAAUGAAGGAUCAGGCUGCAAAUAUGUUCCCCGAGCGGUAUUAGUGGACCUCGAACCAGGCACCAUGGAUACCUUAAGAGCUGGAGUUUAUGGAGAAAUAUUCAGGCCAGACAACAUCGUAUACGGCGUUACCGGUGCAGGUAAUAAUUGGGCUAAAGGCUAUUACACUGAAGGCGCAGAUUUGCUUGAAUCUGUCCUAGAUGUGGUGCGAAAAGAGGCUGAAGGUUGUGAUUGUCUGCAAGGGUUCCAAGUUGUGCAUUCACUUGGUGGCGGUACUGGCUCUGGCUUAGGAACGCUGCUUUUAGCGAAUUUGACUGAGGAGUACCCUGAUAGGAUUUCUGCUACGUACUCUGUGGUACCCAGUCCUAGGGUCUCUGACACAGUCGUAGAGCCUUACAAUGCAACGUUAGCAAUAAAUCAGCUGAUCGAGAAUUCAACACAAUCAUAUUGUAUAGACAACGAGGCUUUGUAUCACAUCUGUUUCCGCACGCUGAAGCUGCGGACUCCAACUUACGGCGACCUGAACCACUUGGUAUCUACGACCAUGUCAGGAGUGACGACGUGCCUCAGGUUCCCUGGACAACUGAACGCAGAUUUGAGAAAGCUAGCCGUCAACAUGAUACCAUUCCCAAGGCUACACUUCUUCAUGCCUGGGUUUGCCCCGCUGACGGCAAGAGGAAGCCAGAAAUACCGAGCUCUAACCGUGCCAGAGCUGACCCAUCAAAUGUUUGAUGCGAAGAACAUGAUGGCCGCUUGCGAUCCUCGACACGGCAGGUAUUUGACAGUCGCUGCAAUCUUCCGCGGUCGUAUGUCAAUGAAGGAGGUAGACGAACAGAUGUGCAACAUUCAGUGUAAGAACAAGGACUUCUUUGUGGAAUGGAUUCCUAACAACGUGAAGACUGCUGUUUGCGAUAUACCUCCACGAGGGUUGAAAAUGUCUUCGACUUUUAUAGGGAAUACGACAGCUAUUCAAGAGUUGUUCAAACGAAUUGCGGAGCAGUUCACGUCCAUGUUCAGGAAGAAAGCGUUCCUCCACUGGUACAUCUGCGAGGGUAUGGAAGAAUCAGAUUUUGCUGAUGCUGAUCAUAACCUUUGCGAUUUGAUCUCGGAGUACCAACAGUACCAGGACGCGAGCGCUGAUGACCAGGAGUUUGAAGGUGAAGAUGAAGAGGCCAAUGACUUUGAUGAAACCUGA